UGUUUGUAACGUCAGAUUUACGUCAAAUUAUAGGGAAAUCCUCUGGGAAAAUCGAGCUUCAUUCACUGUUCACUGCAAUUUAUCCAAUUUUAACAUUAUUAAUGUGUGGACCAUAAAUGAAAAAUUAGAAUCAGUUGUUAUCUGUGAAUACGUAAUUAGGUCCUAACUGCCAAUAGAUAAAUCAAAAUCAUUCCUUGUCUCUCUGUUGAAUGAAAGUGAUCUAGGUUUAAAGGUCAUAUUUUUACUAUUCUGGUUAGUCUUGUGACGUAAACUGAACUUAUCUUUUGUGAAUUUAUUAGUUGGCGGUUUUCAUGGGUUUCCACACGGAUGACGCGUGCUGUGUGACGUAUCCCAUCCUUGGUUUAAAUUGAAAAGUAAAAAAAAUCCAAGUGUUCCCAGAACAACAUUUAUUUAAGAUGACACUACCAAAUAAAGGUCAGGACCAGACUGAAGUCAAAAAGAAGACUCCACAGGAUUUCAUAUUUGGGAAAGUCAUUGGCGAGGGAAGCUUCAGCACAGUAUAUUUGGCAAAAGAUGUUCAAACUAAUAUGGAAUUUGCCAUUAAGAUUUUGGAAAAAACCCACAUAAUCAGAGAAAAAAAGACAGAAUAUGUUAUGAGAGAGAAAGAAGUACUGAGAAUCUUAGGCAGUUCCUGUCGGUACUUUGUACAUCUGUACAGCACUUUUCAAGAUGUUGAACGGCUGUACUUUGUACUGUCCUAUGCCAAAAAUGGAGAACUUCUAAAACAUAUUAUUUUACAUAAGAAAUUUAGUUUUGAUUGCACAAGGUAUUAUGCAGCCGAGCUGGUCUUGGCCUUGGAAUACCUAAACUCAAAGAAUAUAGUGCAUAGAGAUUUAAAGCCAGAAAAUAUUUUGUUUGAUAAUAAUUUUCAUAUUCUGAUAACUGAUUUUGGCAGUGCCAAGAUUGAAAAAAAAUCAGAAAUACAAGCUAAUGGUGAUACUGACCAUAGUGUUCAAGGACCUAGAAGGAGAAGAAAUAGUUUUGUAGGAACAGCGCAAUUUGUGAGCCCAGAAAUGCUUCAGGAGUCGAAAUCGUCGUUUGCAUCAGAUUUAUGGGCACUUGGUUGCAUUGUCUAUCAGAUGGCUUCAGGAAAAAUGCCUUUCACAGGUGGAAGUGAAUAUUUGAUAUUCCAAAAAAUUAUUAAAUUGGAAUACCAAUUUCCUGAAGAUUUUGAUGAUACCAUCAAAGACUUUGUUGAAAAGUUGCUUGUGUUAGAACCGAAUAGGAGGUUAGGAGCUUCAGACUCAAUCCCUUACACAAGUUUACGCGCUCACAAGAUGUUCGAAGGGAUUAAUUGGAAUGAUCUGGGUCCGCCUCCUAAACUGAGCAGUGAUACUUCAACGCUCAUCAAAAGUCAAGACUCAAGCCCGGAUAUCUCGGAAAACUUGGAGCCUGGACUCGAUAAUCAAAAAGUUUCCCGGUUGGUUCUAAAAGAUAUGCUUCCGGAAGUAAUUGACGCCAAAUCCAAAACGGAACGUAAAAAGUCGGAGGCUAAUAGGAAAAUUACAGAAGUAUCUCAGGAGGAAUUAGAAAAAAGACUGCAAGCUCAGAGGAGCAAUCCUUUUAGUGUUUUUGUGGAAGGCAAUUUGAUACUGAAGCAAGGCUUGAUAGAUAAAAAGAAAGGCCUGUUCCCGCGCAGAAGAAUGUUCCUUCUCACCUUAGGGCCUCAUUUGUAUUACGCUGAUCCGGUCACGAUGACAUUUAAAGGCGAAGUGCCUUUUUCGGCAGAUUUGAGAACCGAAGCCAAAAAUUUUAAGACUUUUUUUAUUCAUACACCGAAUAGGAAAUAUUAUUUAGAAGAUCCGGAAGGUUACGCAUUGGAAUGGUGCAAUGCGAUAGAUCAAGUGAAAGAACACUAUUUUCCCUCCGGGCAGGUACCGAAGGAAAAUUCGAUUCAAUAAAUUAAUAAUUGAGUAUUUAGCUAAUUAUUCGCGAACAGAUCUAGUAAUGGAAGGCGUAUUAAACAAGUUAACAAUAUUGUGCAUUGCUAGAUUUAAUAUUUAAAUAUUAUAGCAAAAUUAUUUUCCAGAA